AGUAAGUAUUUAUUUAUCACAAGUGUAGUAAAGUCUGCUUAUAAAUUACGUUUUCUUUUUGUUUUCAAUUUGAUAAAGAAACAUGUUUGAACGAAAAUUGUUCGCAUUAAUUUUGGUUGGCUUCGUCAUUUGUGAGGUUUUCGUUGGAAAUGUCAACGCUGGUGAUAAAAAGAAGGGCGAUGGAAAGGGUAAGAAAGGUUACUACUUUUCGGCAAAUAUUGGAUUCGGGUGUGGUAAAAAGGACAAGGUAUCGGAACCAAUAAUUCUAUCACGAUCACAGUCACAAUCCUCAUUGGCAUCUACUCCAUCACGAUCGUCUUUUCCAUCGAUGAUGGGUCAAAAUUCCAAUAGAUUGGAAUCAGCACCGUCACCACGCCCAUCGAAGCCACUGAUAAUCGAAUCGGUGGUUGGACCACCACCGACAAAACCAGCGAUUGAGAAACCAAUCGUGGCCCCAUCACCAUCUCCUGCUUAUGAUCAGGUUUUCAGACAAUCACAAUUAGCAGUAGAAAAAGCUUCAACUUCGGUACCCGUACCCUUACCACCAUUCGUGCCCUCCCCAGCUCCAUCUGCAGCACCACGAAAAUUACCGUCAAUGCAGAAAUCAGCAUCAAUGCGUGCCUCGAGUUCAUCGAUCUUAAAUGCUCCAAAUUCGCAGAAAAUUGGUUCAAGCCGCUUCCGCGAUCCUUCAUCUGUAGUAUCGCAAAUGGUAAACGAAGUUGAAAAUCGCAUGAAAAAUAAUGAAAACCCAUUAUUAGUCCCGAUGCCAAAGGAUCCGCCAUCCAUGAAGAUGAAAUUGGGUAGACCAAAACCAACUGGCCACUUUGAUGUGCCACGAGUUCCAAAUAGCGAUGGUAAAAUCCUUUAAGGUUUCGAAACUUGAAAAUUAAUCUAAUCAAGUAAAGUCAUAAUUCGAUCAUUUUAAAUUAUUAUUGAAAUAAACGUAUUUCGAACUUCA